AUGGAUGGUCUCCCCGUUCAGCGUCUCGGGAUCCCCAGCCCUCCGCUCUCGACAGGCACGUUAAAUGUUCACGGGUAUCCUCCGAACGCCACCACCGCUGUCGGAUUCUCCACCGAUGAUCUAUACCUGGUUUCUGGAUCUGCAGACGCAGCUGUAGUCGUCUGGGAUGUCCAGUCCGGCGAACGUGUUUUUGCCAUUGGUGGUCAAGGCGCUCAGGUGGGUGACGUGAAGUCCACUCUGGACGGCUCGCGCAUCGUCAGCGCUUCUGACCACGGCUCAGCCAAGGGUUGGGACGCUAGGUUGGGGUGGCCAAUCUGCACGUAUGCUCUCGGAGCAUUUGUACAACUUGCCGCCUUUGAGACCGCCACUGGCGCGAUAUUGGACGCCAAAUUCUUCCCGGACGGCGAGCGAACUAUGGUUUUGGACAACUACCGCGCUGCGCUUGUAUACCGCGCGGGUACCCGGGAGGAGCUCAUCGAGCCGCAUGGACACGGAGACCGAAUUAAGCCCCGUGCCUUUGCGCCAGACGGGAUCGAGACCAUCGCCUCGCGCGGAACCGCGAUAUCAUACUCACCAAAUGGGGCGUUACUCGCUGCUGCCGGUCGUGAUGGUGAGGUAGUGGUCUGGGAUGCUUGGACGGGGCAGUUCGCUAUCGAGUUCAAAACGUCGGUCCGCCACCUUUCUGGACAAGAGGAGCCGUUGUCACUGUGGAACGUUAGUGAUGUUUUACAUGCGCGUUCAGGGGGCUAG